GAACAAUAACAAUAAUUCCAAUAACUACGGGAGGUCAAGAAGUCAGCCAAUAACUUGUGUGACUUUCACCACCACAACAAUCUCAAUUCUCAUCUCCAACAAAUGAAUACAAAACCAUUCAGCAAUAAUCAGAGUAGUAAUAAGACUAAUGGAAAAGGAGAAGUGACGUCGUCGCCGUCGCCAUCACCAAACAAUGAGAAGAAUGGCGUAAACAGCAGUUGUAACGGAGGAGCAGGAAACAUGAGCACAUUGGAGAAGCAGGGGAUGAGAAACAAUCUUGUGCAGCAUACGAGGAAUUGGGGGAAUCAUCGCAAUUCUUUAACGUAUCGUGGCGCCAGUGCUGAAUUUGAAGAGAAGCCGAAUGCGCCCCCUCCGACCUGCGACGUUCAUGUCCGGAUAUCAUUUCGGUAG